AUGGCCGAGUUGUCAAUGCUGCCGCUGGUACAGAUAGGUGAUCGGGUGAAGCUUUGUGGGGAAGAGAAGGGUGAAUAUUUGGAUAUUUCAAAUAACCUGGGUUUCCGUAGUUUUGAAAUCAGACUGGAGUCCAGCGAAUGCAAGGCACUACAGAACAUCACGAAAUGGGGUGAUGUGGCUGUGUGUACGAAUCGAGAAAUGACCAAAACCAGACCAGGUUCCAACCCGAGAAAUGUUAGGGCACUACCCCCACGGGCAUGGUCUACUCCCGAAAACCCCUCCCGCUGUCCUGUGGUCGCCUACAACCUGUACAAACAACACCGGCCAGACAAGGAAGAAACAUUAACAGUACCGCUGAACAAGACUAACACCGUAACGCUACACACAUCUUACUUUCUUGUUGUAGGCGAUUUGGAAGCAAACCGAAGGGAAACUUAUGAUGGCCGCUCUCGACGUGUCUCGACCAAGGGCAAUGCUUUUAUGUCUGAAACCAGUUAUACAUUCAGUGUAGCUACAGGAAAUGAUGCAGUGAUGCCACAUUCCAACCAAAGUCAAUACAGUUUACAGGUGGGAUGUCAAACAAAAGCUGCCAUGUCAUUGGGGCCGAGCAUCUUAGUUGUAUCACAGGAACAGAGUCGACAGUUUACCCCGAACUGGGCCAAGCCUACCGUUACAAAUGGUGAUCUGUGGGGAUACAUACUCAUAUUGUUGGACUGGAGCACGUGGAUCCAGGAGGUCAUUUUUACCUGUACCUCAUGUACAGGGGUAAUGAAGCUUCAUUCUUGUAGUGCGAUAAAAAAAAAUAUUGAUCAAAUAAUAAUGUUCAACAACAAUAUUAAUGUCUUUGUCUAUUACGUCUAAAUUAUAUAUAAUAUAGGUACAUGUAUAAAAAAAAUCAUAAAUACGGGGCACACAUUAAAAUUGAGACAUAUUUUACAAUACUUUUUAUUCUUUUAUGCCAUUUUGCAUUUAAGAUAAUACAUGGGACAAUCUUGUUGAAUAUUUUCAGUAUC